AUAGUUGCUUCAGUUCUUCCACACCACUGAUGGCGUUGAGUGAUGGCGAAUCUGAUCCUUUACAUUUUGUUCGCAGGUAAUAAUGCUCCUAUACAUCGCUUCAUCGGCUGCUUUCCAUGUGGCAUGGUCAGUCAUUCCAACCUGCGUCGGCAAUUAACUCAGCGGAUGUGUAGCAGUGAUUUUUUCAGUCAAAUUGUUCAGGCAAGUGAACGGCAAGCAAAAGAGGCAAAGGCAGUGUUGCAGGAGUGUGGCAGGCAAAGAGUCUGGCAGAUGCAGCAAGACAUAAUGAGCAGAGAGCGAGAGUUAUCUCGAGCAGGCAGUUCAGCGGUUUCAACGUCUGAGCACUGGGCUCAUGACCUAUUAGAAUUGCGGUAUAUCGUCUAUUAGUUAGAUGAGAUACCGCGGCGUUCGGUGCCCUGUAUUUAUACCGUGGCAAAAGGAGAGUGGUGAGGUUGUUGUUGUUGUUGUUUAUUCUGGAUAUUUAACCUGCAGACUGUAGGCUGCUCGUGAGAGCGCCAAGGGCAGGG